AAGUUUGGCAGUUUGUGCGCAGACGCAACCUUAACUAGUCAAUGUCAACACGGUCUUUUACAUACUUUAAUGGGAAACACAGCACAUUUAGCUAGGUUUUUGUAAUACGUGGUCACUAAUAUGGUCGUUUUCUAAAAUUACAAAGUGUUACAUUGUCGUCUUUUGAUGUGGUUAUACUUGCUUUAGCUGACGUUAUUCGCGGAAGACUGGCGCGUCUUGCACGAAGGUUAGUCAAAUGUCAAGACCACGGUCCAGAUCACCACAUUACAGGAGGUUUCCAUGGGAGGAGCCCGAUUUUAAUCCUUACGAAGUCCUUGCAGAACUUGAUGGAGAUGAUUUGGAUAGGAGCCACCGCACCAGAGAAAAUCCAGAAGAACACUUGGAUUACUUUAGGGAAGAAAUGUACCCUGAAGGCCAGAGAAGAUCCCCACAUUUCUUAGAUGACAACCCAUUGGGGCAAAAGCGUCAUCCAAUCCAGGAGGAGUUUUACCAUAGGAGGCCAUCACCUUAUAAUGAUGUAACAACCUUUGAUGACCAGAGGCGUGAUCGAGGAGAAGAUGGAGAUAGACGCAGAGGAGGGUUUAGAGAACACAUACAGAGCUUUGAAAACAGGAGGAGGUCACCCCACUCCCCUCUGAGGUUGACGAGGGAAAGAUUGCCACCGACACCAAGGUCUCAUUCACACCACCAACAGAGAGAGCCAGGGAUGGGCUGGAGGAGAGAAGAACAGGGCAGAGGUCGAGGAAGAUUCAGAGACCUUAGUCCCAGUGCAAGGUCAGAUGACCAAAGAGGUGGAACAGCUUGGGAAACAGGAAGGAGGAACACACAGGGUCCUGAUAGACACAGGCAAAGAGAGGAUUUGCAUCAAAAGAGGAGCCCUCCCCUUAAAAGGCAAAGAAGGGAAAUGGAUGACAGCAGUCACCUUGGGUACAGGAACGAGGAGGACUUUGUGGAACAGCUUGACUCAAUGGACACAACCAGAGUUAGGUUUGGAGGAGACACUAAGGAGAGACUCCCUCUUGGAGACAUUCGCCACUCAGGACCACUCAUCAUUGAACAUGAUCAUGGCAUCAAACACAGGAGAGAACCAUCACGGUGCGAACAACUUGAUGAUCACAGAGAUCUUGAGUAUGAUCGACAUAGGAGUCCUCGUCCAGGCUCCUCUCAGGAGCAUUUCAGGGCAUCAGACAGCAGGUUGCAUGAUCAUGAAGAUGCAAGAGGAUGGCAUUUUGAAGAUAAUUGGAGGGGCACAAACUAUCGUGAAACUAGGGGGAGCCCUACACCAGAAGAUAGACCAAACCCCAUGAGAUUUGGUUAUCGAGAUGGUCCCGUGAACCACAGGGGGAGAAGCAGUCCUCGGUCAGCAAGAGGUCACGGCCAGGGUGGAAGAACUGGACCACACAGGAAUCAACAACCGUUGCGACAAUCCUCCCAGGGAUACCAAGAUGUUCCUCAUGAAGAGCAACGUUUGGUUUAUCGUCCCUUAAAGGAAGAUUGUUACGAGAAUCCCUCCGAGAGAGAGACUGACUGGGCAGAAGAAACCAGACUUCAGCAGCGGAAACUUGACCGGCCUGGAAGUCUGGACCGACACCUGCCGAAGAUUGACUUGGACCCUAAAAUGCCUCGUCAGAGGGGACGCAGAUGGAGCGAUCAGAAAACUAAUAACGUGACCACUGUGACGGAGGAAACCCUAACCAUCAAAGUGGAUAUGAGUCGACCCAUAAACCAAAACAGCACACUGUGUUACUCCUCAGACAGGCAGCUCUCUUUAGACCUGGUCAAUGUUGGUCGUCAGCGACUGGACUUCCUGCCCAUGCUGGAGCAUUCUGGGACUUACCAGGAGACCGCCAUACACACUGGGACUUUUGCCCAAGAAAUCAUCACACUGGUGCACCAUGUCAAAGAGCAGUAUUUCAGAGAUAGUGGUUUCACCCUGAAUGAGCGUUUCUCAGCUCCCCAAAAGGUUUGCAACUCUGAAGCAGAGACGGAGGAGCUGACAUUGGAUGAGAGGUUCAGUUCAAACCGAGGUUUCAGCUUAAAAAUGAACUCACUGCUUGAUGAUGAUCAGCCUCUGUUCUCCAGACUGGGACCCCUGCCACCAGUGCGAGGACCAGGUGACCUGAGGCAUGACUUGGAGAGGAAGAGGCAGGAGAGACUGGAGGGGGUUAAAGUGACCAUAUCAGGGAACAUGUCACAGCUCCCCCUGGCCUCAGUCAGUGAGCUUGAUCUUGACUACAACGACAAGGAUGAAAUUGUUUCAGUGGAGGAGGAAGGAUUUUCCAACUGGCUGGAGGGUCAAAGCAGGAGACGAGAAGGCAACAUGGGACCAAGAAGAGGAGUUUCAUUCAGACCAAACAACGGCUCUCAACGUAGAAACAAUCGAUUUGGCAACCGGCUUGGGCCAAUGAAGCGACAGAACAACCGCAACAACCCUGCAGGUCCCAGCUGGUAACUGGACAGUGGAAAGGUAUUCUGUUUGGAUACUGUUGAUAACUCUAAUAACUGAUCAUAAAAACCAGCUAAUUAAGAGGAAAUAUUUUGUCCUUUAUUGUGGCCAAAUUGUGUCGAUGUUGAUUUCAGAACUGCACAAUGUUGGCGUUGAAUGAGACUGUACUGAAGUCUCUGCUCUGUUGAGGUUAAACUGAAUGUGAAACGUUCUCUAACUUCUAUCCACAACUGUUCGCUCUUUCCAUCUAUACUUACAUGUCUCUUUCAGUUAUUGCUGUCUUUGUUUUUGCAUUUCACACGUGUUCUUUGUAUAUGUGUGGUCUUGAUUGAAACAAUAGUCCUAUUUUUUUUUUUAAAUCAAAUUAAGAGCUUUAAAUGACCGUGAUGAGGCCAUUAACAUAAGCUCACACCCAGUUAUCAGUGAAGUACAUGCCACCAGUGAUGGUUUAGCUGCUACUUGAUGAUGUUAUGUUGUUUAACAUGAGCAUAGAUGUUUGUCUUAAUUCAUACUAUUUCUCUUCUGUCUCAGUUUUAUUAAGUCUGUAUCAUUGGGUAUUGCAUCACACCAGCCUUUCUGUCUAUGUUGCUGAACAAAUAAAACAUUUUUCUUUUGGA